UUGAAUCCUAUCUCACUGAUGAUCCAACGGUAGCUGCAAGGAUCUCAGGUUGCCUGUCAGACAUCUCGGCAUGGAUGAAAGAACAUCACCUCCAGCUCAACCUGGCAAAGACUGAGCUUCUUGUCUUUCCUGCCGCUCCAACUCUACAGCAUGACAUCACGAUCCAGUUAGGUUCAUCAACAAUUACCCCAUCAACUUCGGUCAGAAAUCUUGGUGUAAUCUUUGAUGACCAGCUGACCUUCAAAGACCACAUUGCAAAGACUGCUCGAUCUUGCAGGUUUGCACUACACAACAUCAGAAAGAUCAGGCCCUUUCUGACGGAGCAUGCUGCACAACUUCUUGUCCAGGCCCUUGUCAUUUCUAGGCUGGACUACUGCAAUGCUCUUCUGGCUGGACUUCCAUCAAACACAGUCAAACCUCUACAAAUGAUUCAGAAUGCGGCGGCACGACUGGUCUUCAAGGAACCCAAAAGAGCCCAUGUUACACCUCUCUUUAUCUCAUUGCAUUGGCUACCAAUCGCAGCUCGCAUCAAGUUCAAGACACUGAUGCUUGCUCAUAGAACAACCACAGGCUCAGCACCCGCCUACAUGCACUCACUAUUAAGAAUCUACAUCCCCUCCAGAAAUCUGAGAUCUGCUAGUGAGCGACGCCUCGUGGUACCAUCACAAAGAGGCUCAAAAUCACUCUCCAGAACAUUCUCGUUCACCAUUCCUGGCUGGUGGAAUGAUCUUCCCACCCAUAUUCGGAGUACUGGAUCCCUGUCAAUCUUCAAGCAACAGCUGAAAACUCAUCUCUUUCGACACUACUUGACUUCAACCUACACAUAAUAAAAUAAAAUAAAAAUAAAAAAAAAUAAAAAAAAAAUCUUUCUCCUUACUUAUUCCUUCCCUUGCUAGCUUGUACUUAUUUGAACAAUGCCUGAGACUUGGUGUUACAAGCACUUCCUUUGUCGAAUUGCCUCUUCAAGAUGAAUCGCUUCAUGUGUUCCCCAAAUUGUAAGUCGCUUUGGAUAAAAGCGUCUGCAAAAUGACUAAAUGUAAUGUAAUGUCUUUGUCAUGACUGAAAACGCGGAAACAAGUUGCAAGUAACUCUCCGUUUAUUGAAUUGGAUAGUGACGAUAGAAACAGUUCAGAGAGAAAACAGGAUAGUGAUGCAGGGACGUCGAUGGUCAGAUGAGUGUCGUGAAGAGAAGUGCUGAUGGUAGGUGACGAAUCCAGAGUGAUAAUCCACAGGAAACACGAAACACGAAACGACGAAGACACCAGGCUGGAAUGAAGACGGCAACACAACCGGAGACUCACAAACAACGAUCUGACAAAGGAGAUGAGAAAUGGGUGAGUAUUUAUAGGUGGUGUGAUGAGCUGCAGCUGGUGAUGGUGAUUAAAUCAGCUGGAGCGUGAUCAGCGCCGAUGAGUCGUCACGCCCACACACACACAUAAACAACGAGCACGAGACAAGGAGAAGGCAUAGGAUUUAACCCUCUGGGGUCUGAGGUCAUUUUGGGGCCCUUGAGAUGUUUUGACAUGCCCUGAUAUUUGUGCUUAUUUCAGCUACUUAAAACAUACUAUUGACCAACAUGUAAUUUUUUUUGUAUUCAGCACAAACUGUGCUACAAUAAUAUGUGACCAAGAUGGAUGUGCAUGUUUGCAUUUUUUAGAAAAAAAAUAUUAUGCGUGGUUAGUAAGUUUUGGGGAAAAAAAUGUAGCUGAAAUAAGGCCAUAAAACCCACACUAAAUAGUUGUGAAUAAGACUUUUGAGUAAUCAGUCUUGUAGCCUAGAAUAUUUACUUCAGAAUUAUGUGAAAAUCAUUCUGCUUACUCAUUCACAGAAAACAAUAUAUUGAUUUAAAAUUUUCAAGACAUGUUUUGUGAUCGAGGGUCUAUAUGCGAGGGAGUGGCAAUGGCCAUGAAUAUUAAGUGAUUUUCACCUGAGAGACAAAGGGCCCUCCCCUAUGGGCCCCUAAUGGCCCAUCAGUGUGACUGUGACUGUGAGGCAGGUAAGAGAGAAUGUGAGGAGAUUGAAAAAAAGGGUUUUUUAAAUUAUUUGUAUUUUAUUUACAACACAGUAUAACCAAAACAUACAUAAUGAAGGUCAAAGACACAUUAUUGUGCACACUGAUCUAACCACAGAGAUGUGAACAGACUUUGAGUCAUUCCUGCAACAGAUUCUGUUCAACAAGUGAAACAAGUAAAUCAUACCUGAUAUUUAUGCGUUUUAUUUAAGUGUUUCUACUUCUUUCCAUGGAUUCAAGAAGAAAAAAAACAAUCAGUAGAGAAGGAGCUUGUUUUAACAUAGAAUAUCAGUGUAGUUGAACAUCUGAUGUUGGUACAGCGCUCUCAGAGGAAAACAGUUUGAAGAGA